CAAGCAGGGGCGAAAGGGGGCCCCACUGUGACUCAAUGGAAAUUCCACCAUGUCGGAGUAUCCUGCCAACUCAGCAGGAGAUCUCUUCCGCUUGCUUCCGUUCGAGGGCUAUGCGGGAGUGCUGUCGUUUUUGCCAGUUCGGCAGCUUCAAUUAGCCACCCAAAUUUCUAAGGGGUGGCAGUUUGCAGUUGGCUGUAGGGCUGUUACGUAUGAUGCUUCCGUCACCUGCAAAGACAUUGGUGACUUGACAAAGUUCCUGGCAUCAUACCUGACUCAAUCAAGCUUUGUGUCAGCGAUUCGCUGUGAUGUUGCGGCUUUAGCCAUGAACACCACCGAGCUGAGCUUUCAACCCGAAAUCCUUUUACCACAGAUUUCACAGGUGACAUGGAGAUGUGCGCGCUCUUGUGAUUAUCAUUCGAAUUUUAUGCACGUGGUCUUCCCACGCCUCAAGGCCCUCAAAAUUGAAGUAGCAAUCCGAUGCUUUGAGGACAGCCACUUUGUCACCCCCCGUUUCAAGAAUUCGUUCCGUUCUCUGAGGUGCCUGUCAGUGGUGGCAGAAGGUUUCAGAGGGAGGAGACUUGUACAAACUCCCUGGUCUGGAGAGUAUUUACCACACAAUUUGAAGUCAUUGCGUUUAGAAGGUGUGACCUUCUCUGGACUGUCUGCCUGUGAAGAUGAUGCGGACAUCUUCGGCGGCUUUCUCGUCAACCAGAUGGCACUCACAGCCCUUCACCUCGAUGUGGAUUCUGCUUGGUGGAGGAAAUGGGGAUGCAGGUUUGAAGACGGGAUUCUUCAAUGGAUCAGGGCCCGGCGGCGUAUUGAACGAUUUGAAAUGCGACAGCUAAACAGACGUCUCCAAGGUGAGAUUCAGCACCUGUUGUUGAAGCGACUUCGGGACAUUUCUGCACACAAGGCAUUGGCAGCCGUGGCGCAAGAGGUGGUGGCAGUCAUGCCGCAGUUGCAGCAGUUGACGGCAGAAGUACAGGCGAUGGUAGCCCCCCGGUGACAUGUUGGUGACUUGGUGAUGUGGUGACGGAUUGAUCUUUGCGACCAAUCUGGAGAUAUCUGGAGAUAUCUGGAGAUAUCGGAGUUGGGGCCAGGAGUUUGAAGUCCUUGUCAUUUCAUUGAUAGCCAAUCGUGUUUGACAAUGUGCAUAUGAAAUCUAGAGUGCAGCUAGCUGUGGUGCCCCUGUGGCUUGGAGGAUCUACUUGCUGCCAAUACCUGCCCACAAAA